AUGUCGAUCCAAAAUCCCUCAGUCCCACCUCAACCAGACCCUUUCUCCUCUCCCUUCAUCCAAACACCCAAGAAAGUCCCUCUAAGAAGCCACAUCCCACUUUCCAACUGAAUCCUUGCUCUCUGGCUUCUAUUACUAGUGUCAUUAAUGCAAGUCGAUGGGAAAAGUUGUAAAGAGAGUUAUACAAAUGAUGAAAUGAUAGGAAAUAAUAGGUUUGCCUUCGAGCUUGGUGAUUGGAGCUUACAACAGACUACGAGCUGGAAUAAUGGUAAAGUUUACAUGAUGUCUACAAGUGCGACCCAGACUGGAGUGUUGUUUACGAAAUUGGACAUUAUUACUAUGACUUUUGAUUGGAUGAGGAUUCAGCGUUCCGAAACUCAGACUUUCACAAUUAGUCCAAAUGAAAAAGUGCUCGUAUCCUCUCAAUCUAUUGCAAGUCCAAUAGGGAGCUAUUCUUUUUAUAUCUACAAUAUAACCACCGACUAUCCCUCAUAUUCUCAUACAAUCUCAAUGUAA